AUUGAAGAAAACAUGAGUACGAAAUGGAACCUCAGCUCUUUCAAUGACUUCCCUUUUUGGGUUGACUCCGCCUCCGUAUGUAGCCUUUUCAUUUUCAUGAGAGUGAAGUGAUUUUUAGAAUUCUUAGUCCUUUUCUUUAGAAGAACAUUUCUACGGAAUAAUACAAGAAGAUUUAAGAAUCAUUGAAGUUAUAAAACUUUGGAAUGAUCAAACUCAGAAUGGUGCUACUUGAAGACUCUGGAUCUGCUGACGUCAGAAGACAUUUUGUCAACUUGAGCCCCUUCACUAUUGCUGUGGUCUUACUUCUCAGUGCCUGUUUUGUCACCAGUUCUCUUGGAGGAACAACCAAGGAGCUGAGGCUAGUGGAUGGUGAAAACAAAUGUAGUGGGAGAGUGGAAGUGAAAGUCCAGGAGGAGUGGGGAACGGUGUGUAAUAAUGGCUGGAGCAUGGAAGCGGUCUCUGUGAUUUGUAACCAGCUGGGAUGUCCAACUGCUAUCAAAGCCACUGGAUGGGCUAAUUCCAGUGCAGGUUCUGGACGCAUUUGGAUGGAUCAUGUUUCUUGUCGUGGGAAUGAGUCAGCUCUUUGGGACUGCAAACAUGAUGGAUGGGGAAAGCAUAGUAACUGUACUCACCAACAAGAUGCUGGAGUGACUUGCUCAGAUGGAUCCGAUUUGGAAAUGAGGCUGACGAAUGGAGGGAAUAUGUGCUCUGGAAGAAUAGAGAUCAAAUUCCAAGGACAGUGGGGAACAGUGUGUGAUGAUAACUUCAGCAUCGAUCAUGCAUCUGUGGUUUGUAAACAACUUGAAUGUGGAAGUGCUGUCAGUUUCUCUGGUUCAGCUAAUUUUGGAGAAGGCUCUGGACCAAUCUGGUUUGAUGAUCUUAUAUGCAACGGAAAUGAGUCAGCUCUCUGGAACUGCAAACAUCAAGGAUGGAGAAAGCAUAACUGUGAUCAUGCUGAGGAUGCUGGAGUGAUUUGCUCAAAGGGAGCAGAUCUGAGCCUGAGACUGGUAGAUGGAGUCACUGAAUGUUCAGGAAGAUUAGAAGUGAGAUUCCAAGGAGAAUGGGGGACAAUAUGUGAUGACGGCUGGGACAGUCAUGAUGCUGCUGUGGCAUGCAAGCAACUGGGAUGUCCAACUGCUAUCACCGCCAUUGGUCGAGUUAACGCCAGUGAGGGAUUCGGACACAUCUGGCUUGACAGUGUUUCUUGCCAGGGACAUGAACCUGCGGUCUGGCAAUGUAAACACCAUGAAUGGGGAAAGCAUUAUUGCAAUCACAAUGAAGAUGCUGGCGUAACAUGUUCUGAUGGAUCAGAUCUGGAGCUAAGACUUAGAGGUGGAGGCAGCCGCUGUGCUGGGACAGUUGAGGUGGAGAUUCAGAGACUGUUAGGGAAGGUGUGUGACAGAGGCUGGGGACUGAAAGAAGCUGACGUGGUUUGCAGGCAGCUGGGAUGUGGAUCUGCACUCAAAACAUCCUAUCAAGUAUACUCCAAAAUCCAGGCAACAAACACGUGGCUGUUUCUAAGUAGCUGUAACGGAAAUGAAACUUCUCUUUGGGACUGCAAGAACUGGCAAUGGGGUGGACUUACCUGUGAUCACUAUGAAGAAGCCAAAAUUACCUGCUCAGCCCACAGGGAACCCAGACUGGUUGGAGGAGACAUUCCCUGUUCUGGACGCGUUGAAGUGAAGCAUGGUGACACAUGGGGCUCCGUCUGUGAUUCGGACUUCUCUCUGGAAGCUGCCAGCGUUCUAUGUAGGGAAUUACAGUGUGGCACAGUCGUCUCUAUCCUGGGGGGAGCUCACUUUGGAGAGGGAAAUGGACAGAUCUGGGCUGAAGAAUUCCAGUGUGAGGGACAUGAGUCCCAUCUUUCACUCUGCCCAGUAGCACCCCGCCCAGAAGGAACUUGUAGCCACAGCAGGGAUGUUGGAGUAGUCUGCUCAAGAUACACAGAAAUUCGCUUGGUGAAUGGCAAGACCCCAUGUGAGGGCAGAGUGGAGCUCAAAACGCUUGGUGCCUGGGGAUGCCUCUGCAACUCUCACUGGGACAUAGAAGAUGCCCACGUUCUUUGCCAGCAGCUUAAAUGUGGAGUUGCCCUUUCUACCCCAGGAGGAGCACAUUUUGGAAAAGGAAAUGGUCAGGUCUGGAGGCAUAUGUUUCACUGCACUGGGACUGAGCAGCACAUGGGAGAUUGUCCUGUAACUGCUCUGGGUGCUUCACUAUGUCCUUCAGGGCAAGUGGCCUCUGUAAUUUGCUCAGGAAACCAGUCGCAAACACUGUCCUCAUGCAAUUCAUCAUCUCUGGGCCCAACAAGGCCUACCAUUCCAGAAGAAAGUGCUGUGGCCUGCAUAGAGAGUGGUCAACUUCGCUUGGUAAAUGGAGGAGGUCGCUGUGCUGGGAGAGUAGAGAUUUAUCAUGAGGGCUCCUGGGGCACCAUCUGUGAUGACAGCUGGGACCUGAGUGAUGCCCAUGUGGUGUGCAGACAGCUGGGCUGUGGAGAGGCCAUUAAUGCCACUGGUUCUGCUCAUUUUGGAGAAGGAACAGGGCCCAUCUGGCUGGAUGAGAUGAAAUGCAAUGGAAAAGAAUCCCGCAUUUGGCAGUGCCAUUCACAUGGCUGGGGGCAGCAAAACUGCAGGCACAAGGAGGAUGCAGGAGUUAUCUGCUCAGAGUUCAUGUCUCUCAGAUUGACCAGUGAAGCCAGCAGAGAGGCCUGUGCGGGGCGUCUAGAAGUUUUUUACAACGGAGCUUGGGGCAGCGUUGGCAGGAGUAGCAUGUCUGAAACCACUGUGGGUGUGGUGUGCAGGCAGCUGGGCUGUGCAGACAAAGGGAAAAUCAACCCUGCAUCUUUAGACAAGGCCAUGUCCAUUCCCAUGUGGGUGGACAAUGUUCAGUGUCCAAAAGGACCUGACACGCUGUGGCAGUGCCCAUCAUCUCCAUGGGAGAAGAGACUGGCCAGGCCCUUGGAGGAGACCUGGAUCACAUGUGACAACAAGAUAAGACUACAAGAAGGACCCACUUCCUGUUCUGGACGUGUGGAGAUCUGGCAUGGAGGUUCCUGGGGGACAGUGUGUGAUGACUCCUGGGACUUGAACGAUGCUCAAGUGGUGUGUCAACAACUUGGCUGUGGUCCAGCUUUGAAAGCAUUCAAAGAAGCAGAGUUUGGUCAGGGGACUGGACCCAUAUGGCUCAAUGAAGUGAAGUGCAAAGGGAAUGAGUCUUCCUUGUGGGAUUGUCCUGCCAGACGCUGGGGCCACAGUGAGUGUGGACAUAAGGAAGACGCUGCAGUGAAUUGCACAGAUACUUCAGCGCGCAAAACCUCACGGAAAGCCACAACAGGUCACACAUCCCGUCAGUCAUCCCUUAUUGCAGUCGGAAUCCUUGGAGUUGUUCUCUUGGCCAUUUUCAUCGCAUUAUUCUUGACUCAAAAGCGAAGACAGAGACAGCGGCUUACAGUUUCCUCAAGAGGAGAGAACUUAGUCCACCAAAUUCAAUACCGGGAGAUGAAUUCUUGCCUGAAUGCAGAUGAUCUGGACCUAAUGAAUUCCUCAGAAAAUUCCAAUGAGUCAGCUGAUUUCAAUGCUGCUGAACUAAUUUCUGUGUCUAAAUUUCUUCCUAUUUCUGGAAUGGAAAAGGAGGCCAUUCUGAGGCACACUGAAAAGGAAAAUGGGAAUUUAUAA